AUGAAGGACCUGGUGUCGUGCUUCAGCGAGCACGCCGUGCGGAUCAACGACGUCGCCGCCUGCUCCGGCUCCGGCGCCGCGGAGGCCGGCGGCGGAGGGAGGGCGCCGGCGGUGAGCGCGGUGACCACCGCGUACCGGUCGCGGCUCUCGGCGUCCGGGAAGGAGCUGCUCAUCGACGUCACGUGGUCUCGGGCGCCCGACGGGCCCGCGCUCUCCGUCGCCGUCCACGAGGCCGCCGCCGCCGCCUCGCGCCACCACCGCGGCAACGCGGCGGCGCCGCGGCACCUGCACAAGAAGAAGGGGAGCGGGACGUUCACGGCGGGCAGCUGCGUGGUGGGCGUGUUCUGGGACUACGCCGCGGCUAGGUACGCCGCCGCGGGGGCGGGGCCCGAGCCGACCUCUGGGUUCUACGUCGCCGUGGUCGCCGACGCCGAGUUCGUGCUCCUGCUGGGCGACCUCAGCCGAGGGUACGUCGACCGCCUGCACGGCGGUAUACCGAUCGCGGGGUCCCGGGUGGCGCGGCGCCGGGAGCGGUUCGUCGGGUGCGGCUGCUGGUCCACGAAAGCCCGGUUCUUGGAGUCCGGCGACGAGCACGACAUCGGCGUCGUGGUGCUGGACGGCGACGCGGAGGCGUGGGUCACCGUGGACGACCGCAAGGUCGUGCAGCUCCGGCGGCUGCGGUGGAACUUCCGCGGCAGCCACACCAUCUUCCUCGACGGCGGCUCGCCGGUCGACAUGACGUGGGACCUGCACGGUUGGCUCUUCCACGCGGCGGGCGCCGAGUUGCCCCACCCGUCCUCCUCCUCUUCCUCCUCCUGUGCCGUGUUCACGUUCCAGGCGCGCGGCGCGUCGGAGACAAAGCUGUGGACGGACGACGAUUGCUUCGCCGUCGACGGCGAGGAGCCGGACAAGCUGCCGGUGACGCCGAGCGGCGGUCGGCGACAGAAGGCGGCGGGAGGCGGUGGGGCGUCGUCGGGGCAGGGGUUCUGCCUGCUGAUCCAAGGAUUCAGGGGCUUUUCCAAGAGCAUUUAA